CAGCAGUCGCACGUUAAUUGAAAAAAAAUAUGCGACUUUCUGUCUGUUUUGCUCCAUCAGUCCAUAAAUUGAGGUCCUGUUUAUUUACAAAGCUACAUUCUGCAACUUUCAGCGGUCGUAUUCACUUUAUGGCGUGUGGGCAAUUGAACGUGGCUAAGGGGAAUGGGGUUGAGGUUCUUGAGAAGGUCGAAGGAUUUGAAGCCCGACGGAAUACGCUGUUAUUUGGUGCCCGAAAGUCUGGGGUGGAAGGCCCAUACAUACCGCAACGGACAGUCGUGUUUUUCCCGGGUGACGUUCAGAAUUUCGAGAACAUCAUGAAGCAUCAUGAAGCAAAUCAGAAAUGGAAAGAAUGGACAUUUGAGAGCACUGUUGGCAUGUUGCAGAAUAGGUUCCCUGAUGCUCAGGUUGUCAUGGUGACACCCUCACGUCGGGUGGACGAGACCUUCAGUUGCUAUGACAACUUUAUGGAGACAGACGUCCUUGGUUCGCCCACCAGCUACGAGUACCGUCAUGCAUGGGAGCAUCUGAGACUCCUGAUUCAGAAUGCUUGGAAAUGUAUCACAGAAAAGCCAUCCACGGAAGGAGCAGAUCCUGCCGGAGAAAAAGUGACUGAGUCUUCACUGACGGUGAUUGGUUUCAGCAAAGGCUGUACAGUCCUCAAUCAGCUCAUGUACGAACUAGAAAGGGCAUGCUCAGACCAAGCAAUACUUGCCUUUAUCAGGAGAGUCGAGGCCUUCUAUUGGCUAGACGGUGGCCAUGCUGGUACUGUCUCGACGUAUGUUACAGAUGACAGUGUUUUAAGAGAGGUUGCCAACCUCAAGGCUACAUUCAAUGUUCAUGUCACUCCCUACCAAGUUAAAGAUGAAGGGCGCCCUCAUAUAGGUGAAGACCAUCUUCAAUUCAUCUCCAAACUGAUGUUGUAUGGUGCAGACGUUAAGAGCACUCUUCACUUCAGAGACGAAAGCAGAUCAUUAAAGAGGCAUUUUGAGGUCCUCAAGCUCUUUUGAGGGCUUCAUAGUGCACGUGAAGGUGUUAUGAUACUCUUGCCAGAAGAUAUGUUGCGGACAGAGAUCCAUCAAGAAUGGCAGAUUGAUGACAAAGCUGUGAUUGACAAUCAACGAGGAACCUGUCACAGACAUCAAAGAUCAUUCAAAGCAAUGAUGGUCUACAGGCAUUUAGAUGAGAAGUAAUGUAUUACAAUUGAAAUCAGUGCACAGGUUUGCGUAAUAUCUGUAAGAUGUCUGUUCAAUUCAGUGACCAGAGUUUUUUUUUCAAGACCUGGGCCCUGUAACAUAAUGCUUAGAGAUUGAUUGAUAGGUAGAUUUUAUGUGAUUGAUUGCAUUGUCUAUAUGAUCAAACUUAAAAGCAGCCUUACAAUCAAACAAGACAAAGCAAGAUAUUUGUGUGUUUACUCUUUAGAUUAUGUGGCCAUUGGGUUGUACGAAUGAAUUAAUUCAUUAAUAGUGCAAUCUGAUUUGAAAAUAUUUAGUAUUAUGUGCACAGGCCAACUGCCAUAGCAAUAUCAUUCAUUUUUGUUCAACAACUCAAUGACACUGCCUUAUUCAAAUAGCCAGGCCUAUCAAAAAUUGUAUGUCACUGAAAACAUAUUUACUGGAUUAUUGUAUAACUUGUGUAAAUAGUACACACUAUAUCAUUCUGAAAUCAUGUAUCUUUCAUCAUUCAUGUGAACUUAUAAUAGCCAGAAACUGAAACUAUUCAAGAGUUUCUAAAGUUUAAUUUUUUUUUCAAAACAUACUAGCUUUCUGAAGCUUAAAUAUUUAUCCAAUCAAGUAUGCACCAAGGAUGAUUAACUUUGGGAUCUAAGUAAGAAUGAAAUAUACUUCAAUUAAAUUCAAUUCAAUUUAUUUCAAUUAGAAAAUCAUGAGCAUGAAACACACAAAGUUACAUGAAACAAUCAAGAUUUAUUCUAAUGAAUGAAAUUGUAGACUAUAUGAAAGUUAAAAAAAGGUUAUGAAAGUUAAACUUGCAAGGCAUAGUCCCCCAAAUAGGGAAAAAAGAAUUUGUAAACACAGCAGGUGGUGAAGUUUCAUGGGUAGAAUCUUAGAAUUAGGUGUGUAUGAAUAUAGCUGUAAAGCUGAUUACAGCUUGAAAUUUUAUUUACAGCUUUUUAAAUUUUAGUGUGUUUCCUCUGCAUGAUCUAUUCAGGCUUUUGCAAUGCAAACCUUUAACUCUCGAUUUGGGGUUACAGUUGUGUGGAAUAUUAUUUUCAGUUAAAGGAGCUGCAUGAGAUGUCAAUUGUAUUAUGGUUGGAGAUAUUUCCCUAGUGAGUGGUUUGAUUUACCAGCUAACCAGAGAAAAUGAAACACUUUACAGGCCAUGUUAUGUGAAAGACUAGAGAACUGACGGCUACAGCUCCUCUCUUUAGGGACCUAAUAAUCUCAAUAUUUAAUAUUUUUAAUGUAUUUCGGGACUGCAGGUGCUCUUUGUAUGUAAAACGUAAUGUUAAAACAGCCACUGGAAACUAAUAGGUUAAAACCAGCUAUUAAUUGCAGUUAGCGUUGACCGUGAGAGACCUGAUAUGAGGAUUUAAAAAAAAAAAAUCCUCCCUAGUCUACACUAAACUGUUAGCAUCACCUCUCCCUAAAACCUUUCCAACAAUCAAUUAUGACCAUGUCUCUGUUGCCAAGCGCAUCCUCUUCCUCCAUCACUCCCCAUCCUUUACCCCUAUUCCCAAUCCUCAAAACCUGAACCCACACAGAACUGCCAUGUCAGACUUGAACAUGAAAUAUCUGCUCUCCACCAUUUCUUGCCACAUCAGAUCUGCAUUUAAAAAAAACACACACCAAAAAAGUGCACACCAUACCAAUAAUCCAUAUUGCAUUUCCGUGUAUUUGAAAGCAGGAUAAGAGCAUUGGAGAUUAAAAUGCCUUGCUCACGGGCAUAGGUGCCGUGGCCGGUGAUCAAACUCCGGACUUUCCAUGUAUAGCCAGGUGCCUUAGACCACUUGGCCAUGGCACCUCCUGCGUAUUUGCCCAACUUCGACUCGUUUACGGUGAGACCAGUUUAUCAGCAUCAUCAAUCCUUAAUACUUUCUUCCUGGAAUAGGCACAUGUUUUUUUUUUUUUAUUUGUACAUAUACGUACAGACACUUGUAGUCCUUAUACUGCUCGAAUUCCUUUUAUAUAAUUGCCACUGCUGGAAUGUAUUGUUAUAUUCUGAGAUCGUGGUGCGAAUAACAAUGACCAUCAUCCCUGCAAGGUGGUGGAUCAGGACGAGAAUAACGGGAAGGAGAAUGAGGGCCAUCAGAAUGAUUGGAUUGUGAAUAAUCGCACGGGCGGUCAGAACGGGAAGAAUACGAGUUUCACCUGAAUUGUUGAGGUGGGCAUGAUAUUGACGAUCUUAGCACGAGGGCAAGGGCGAACGAGGAUAGCGAGAAGAAGGUUUGGGGAAUAGAAUUAACUGUGAAUUCAAGAGAAUCAGGCUUCUUCAAAAUAGUCUGGAGAGGAUCAUUUAUUUGUGCUCUGGCAGCGGAAACAGUUGUAAGGAAUAACAAGCGGAAGACUUCUUGUCUACGCUGAUUGACGUUUGGAACGGAUCUACCUGUAGGACUAAGGGACCGUAUUUAUAUUAUCGAUGGCGUUCACUGCUAUUCUGCUGCAGGAUCGUGCAUCG